UGUAAAUUGUUUGGAACGAAUGUCAUCAACAAUGGCGGAGGUUUCUUCAAAUAACAGUGCGGAUGAAUGUUCUCCAGCUAAAAAAGCUAAAAUACAAACAGAAAAUAUAUCUAAAAACACUAACAGUAUACAUGAAGGAGAAUUCUGCCCAUCUAUAUUUAAUACAAAAAGAGUAUUGCAAAAUAAUUGCAUGAGAAAACAGAUAUGUAUAGAGGGUACCUUUAAAGGAUAUGAAAGUUCGGCCGUUGUCGUAUUGGAGAAACAGAAUUUUUCGGAUGAUGAUCAAUCUUUAAAAGAACUAUUUAAUAAAGAUACAGUGGUACAUAAACUUUUUAGCAAUGAUGUUUAUGGAAACUAUGAAUGUUUUCCACUUAAGAAACAUAAUGGUAUAAAUGCAAUGAUAAUACAUCCUGCAACUGCAAAACAUAUCGAAAAGUUUCGAAGGAAAGAACUUCAUAUUAUAGAUGAAACUUAUGAACUUUAUCAAAAAAUUACUCUUCCAUGCAUAGAAUCAAGCAGCUUUUCUAUAGAGUGGAUAUUUAAUAUUUUGGAACAUAAGGCGGAACAAGACAAAAUUAUAUAUGAGGAUUCAAAUGAAAAAACUGGAUUUAUGAUAGUGAACGAUCUGAAAUGGGAUGGCCAAAUAAAUACAUUAAAAUUAAUAGCACUUCCAUUUCAAAAAAUUCGAUCGAUAAGAGAGUUAAAUGCAUCUCACCUGCCUCUCUUAAGAAAUAUAAGAAGUGCUGGCAUUGCUGCAAUUACUAAAAAGUUUAACAUACCUGCUUCUCAGUUAAGAAUAUAUUUACAUUAUCAACCAUCUUAUUAUUACCUCCAUGUUCAUUUUGCGUAUCUCAUGUUUGAAACCUCAGGUAUAUAUGUGGAAAAAGCACAUCUUCUAUCUACAGUUAUAAAAAAUAUUGAGUUAAUGUCUGAUUAUUAUACAAAAACUGUACUUUCAUAUGUUGUGACUGAAGGAGAUCCUUUGUAUACUAGAUUUUUGAAAGAAGGAAUUAUAAGUGAAAUAAAGUCUAAAGAUAUGGAAGAUUAA